UGUAGUAAUUUAAAAUUAUUAAAAUCCAUAAAUCUUGGCUUGUGUUCCUUGCUUUGAUAAUUUUUCAGCAUAGUUAAUUUUUUUCUUCUUCUUUGGAACGAUUUUAUCAUGUGGAUAUUGGCUACACUGCAUCCAGGGAGUUCUUAUAUUUCGUAGCCAAUAGCCUUACCUGGUGAUAAUGUUAUUUGGCCAUAACGAAUUUUGCUAUGCAUAAUUUUUGUGCUCAAGUUUUGCAGGAUUCAGUUAUUUGUAUUGUUCCUUUGCAUACGGAUGGAAUUAAAGGCCGCGACUCUUUUAUAUAUGGAUUUAAACAAAUGCCUGUGGGGAUUUUUUAUGCACUUGCUUCCAAUCAACUCACAGUUUGACAAGCUUACAAGACUAAAUUUCAAAAAACCUUAUCUUUUAAACCACUCUAUCCUGGUUAUUUCAUGAAAUUGCCAUUUUCUGAAAAAUAAAAUUAGAAGAUGGUAAAUUUUAAUAUGUUUCAACAGGUUUCUUUUUUAUAAAUUUCCCGGCUUGAAGGCUUUAAGCAAGAACUUGUUUCAGACCUCUGUCUUUUCUCCCUUUUAAACAGAUGUUUCUCGAGCACUAUUUCAUAACGCUAUGCCACUUCAGCUCUUGGAAUUUUAGUAAAAUUCCAAUUUUGCUAGAAAGUAUCUUCUAAGAUGCCAAAUAUUGUUCUCUACAGAAAAGAUAGUUUCUUGCCAAUUUAUGGAUAUGGAUGCAUCAAGGCUAUGGUAUGACUUGAAAACUUAUAAAUAAUUUGGUGAUUUUCCUGUGGGAAGAGAUUUUGUUACACUUGUAAGAUGUGUUUACAUCCAACGGAAUGACGGACUAAAAUGAAUUGCUGGUAUGUCAAAUGAAUUGCUGCUUAAAAUUCAGUACCCAUGAAUUGCAUAAUGGCUUACUUUGCUAAUUGUUAUUUAGCUUAUCUUAUGAUCUAUGAGAGAUUAUUACUCGAAUAUUUUUUGAACCAAAAAAUUUCUAUUUUUACUCUUGAAUAGCUAUUACUGGUGGAAGGGUGAUUUUAUACUGUAUACAACUUCUGACUAUGCAACCAUACCGUCAUAUUUCCUACUUGUCUUAAAUUUAGUACUAACGCAGUUCCACAGUUGUCAUUAUAAUUUUAAUGGCGCGACAACAACAUUUAGUUAAUAAUUCUUAAGCCAAGAUGUCAUAACUCUUAAGUGUGGUUUCUUACACGUUGACGAACUUUCGAUUCUGUUAUGUUUCCUGUUAUUAUUAUUUUUUUAUGUAUCAUUAUUACUUUUGUAAUUGAUAUAUAUAUCUCCACAUAAGUCUUAACCUGUUUCUGCAUCUGGGCCUUUUAUUUCUCUUAUUAUGUCCGCUUUUAGCAGGUGGGAAGUGAGCAGCUUGGCAGGGCAUUAUUUUAUGCUGAGGAAUUUAUUGUGGGCAACAUCCAAGCAUGAUGUAUACCUUAUGCAAAACUACUCGGUGAUGCAUUGGUCCUCAUUACAACAAAGGGGUAAAGAAGUUUUUAAUGUGGCCAGACCCAUAGUUCCGACCCUUGAGUGCCCUGGACUUUUAGCUCGUCCCGUCUACAGAGUUCAAAUAAGCACCAUGGCAGUCAAGGAAAAUUUGGUGGUGGCAGGUGGUUAUCAUGGCGAGCUCGUUUGCAAGAAUUUGCGGCAUCCUGGUGUUGCAUUCUGCAGUAAAAUAACUCCUGGUAAUGCCAUAACCAACGCUGUUGAUGUUUACCGCCAUCCAAGUGGGUCGCUGAGGGUUGUUGCAGCAAAUAAUGAUUCCCAAGUUCAGAUGUUCGAUGCAGAAAAUUUUGCUUCCGUGGGUUGUUUUAAAUAUGAUUGGUCUGUUAAUAAUACUUCUGUCAGUCCAGAUGGCAGGUUGUUGGCUAUUCUUGGUGACAGUGCUGAGUGCUUGUUAGCUGAUGCUAACUCCGGGAAGGUUAUUGGGAGCCUAAAAGGGCACUUGGACUACUCUUUUUCGUCUGCUUGGCACCCAGAUGGAAGAAUAUUGGCUACGGGGAACCAGGACACAACAUGCAGGUUAUGGGACAUAAGGAACCUCUCAGAGUCCGUAGGUGUGCUUAAGGGAAGAAUGGGUGCAAUAAGAGCCUUAAGGUUCACAUCUGAUGGGCAGUUCUUGGCCAUGGCUGAGCCAGCAGACUUUGUCCAUGUAUUUGACUCCAAGUCUGGCUAUGUGCAAGCUCAAGAGAUUGAUCUAUUUGGUGAAAUUGCUGGGAUAUCCUUUAGCCCGGACACGGAGGCCCUAUUUAUUGCUAUUGCCGACCGUACCUAUGGAAGCUUGUUAGAGUUCAUCAGAAAACGCGACAAUAAUUACCUUGCCAAUAUGUUUUAGUUGAGUGGAGUGUUCCUUCAGAUAUACAGCGAGCUGCACUCCUCCUUCAUCUAAGUUUUAUGCAAUGGGUUAUUUGCUGUUCAAUUUUAUAAGCAAAGUUGUAAAUUUUGGUCUCUAGGCAGAGAGCGCGCUCGAGUAGAUUAUCAACUUCUUUUUUUUGUAUAAAUAUAGCCUUGAUUGCUAUUGUAUAUCGGAGACAAUAGAAUCGAGCAAUAAUAUUUAUAGUUGUAAGUUAUUAUCCGAGAGAGCUCGAGUAGUAUAAAUAUAGCCUUGAUUGCUAUUGUAUAUUGGAGACAAUAGAAUCGAGCAAUGGUAUUCAUAGAUAAAUAUCAGUGGCUGAGUGGCUGUUUUUAUA